CAGCUCUUGGCUAUAGAUACCCCACGAAAAUACGCCAUUUGGUAUCAAGAAAACAACUAGAUGACGAAGAGCAAAGAGGUCUCUGAGAAAUCUCAAGAUCAACGGUUUCAUAAGUAUUUUCUCGGUUCGUCUUUCGUCGUGAACAAACUACCGGCUGGCUUCGACAGCUAGCCAAACGGUUUUUGCGAUUUUAUUUUGAUACGAAAACCUAGCCAAGCGGCUACCAUGGAUUUUUAAGCCAGUAUGCGGCGAAACUAAUGCAUCGGCAUGCAUCGUGCAAGGCAAAACGGACUCCGAAACUCCAUCUUCACAACUGCCAAGCAGUUGGGCUCAAAUACCGUCCGCGGUAUCACCGUGAGCCAACCUAUACCGCUCCUCCUUGAUCGAAGGAAGCGAACAUUAGCUAGCUAAUAAAUUGAAUCAUCAAGUAUUAUUAUUUUUUUUACCAUCGAUUCAUUAGAACAUCUAAACACUUGUUACCGAUCAAAAUGAAACCUCAAGUUAUCAUCGCCGGUAAGACCAGCCCGACUAGUCUGUGGAUCUUCGGGUACGGCUCUCUGGUGUGGAAGCCUGACUUCAAAUACAAGAGUAGCAAGGUCGGCUACAUCCAAGGCUACAAGAGACGCUUCUGGCACGGAGACAACUUCCAUCGUGGAAAUGAUGACCUAGUAAGCUGAAGAUCAAUAUUUUGCUAUGAACAUAAAGUAUUGCUGCAUGUGUAGUUUGAUACCACGCCCUGAUGUGGCCGCUGUACAGCUUGGCUACAUAGCUAACUAUUGCUUCAGUCUGAGUGGUGAUGCUGACCCAUUUUCUCUCCCUUGCAGCCCGGAAGAGUGGUGACGCUGAUUGAGGAUGAUGACGUAAGUGGAACUUUAACCGCCUACUAAAUGACGCCUUUAAGGUUUAGCAAUGUAGUUUCCACGCAGAACAGAACUCAAACCCUAUCACUCAUUUCCAUAUGUAUUAAUGCGAAAUAUCCACUUGUUCCUCUUUUGAAAGACCUGUCUAACAGAAAUCUCUACCUGUUCCUCAAUACAAAAUGUCAGCUUGAAUGAAGUUUCUAAUGACAUCUUGCUUCCUCCUCCAAUAGGCAACUACCUGGGGCAUGGCUUUCGAGGUGACCGGUUCCCAGGUCGAAGAGUCCCUUAAGUACCUAAAUGUGCGCGAGGCCGUGUGCGGCGGUUACGUCACCAAGCUCGUGGACUUCAUCCCUGAGGAUGACCAAGUGAACCAGACCCACCAGGCCCUCCUCUACAUUGCUACCCCAGACAACCCUCUCUUCCUGGGGCCCGCCAGCCCUGAGGUGAUAGGGCACCAGAUCGCCACCAGGCAGGGGAAGACGGGUCACAACCUGGAGUAUCUUCUCCGCCUGGCUGAGUUCAUGAGGCGGCGCUGCCCUCACGUGGACGACCCACACCUGUUCUCCAUCGAGGCUGCCGCUCUGGCCCUAGUGCCAUACCUGCUAGGGGCCCAGUAGCCCGUACCCUUCCAUCUAUAAUACGAUUAGGGCGGCCUCAUAUUGGUACCCUGUUCCAUUAUAUAGUGCACUACUGGCUCUGGUCAUAAGUAUUGUAUGCUGUAGGGAAUAGGGUGCCAUUUGG